UACGGCCGUGUUGUCACAGGGGAGCGGCCGAAGGACAAAGGAGCAACGCCAGAGGCACUCCACCCUCACGGAGCGCUCGCGCGCUCCCCGCCAUUUUGUGGCCGCCCCCGGCAGCGCCCGCCCCUCCCGCCAUGUUGUGACCGCCCACACGGGCACCGCCCCCGCCGCCGCCGCUGCCCCUCAGCCCCCGAGCGGCCCGAGCGGGGCCCCGCCGGGGCCAUGGAGCCCGGGAACUUCAUAGCGCGGGACAACUACUGGAAAAAAUGCGUCGAAAAGGAAGGAGAUGCUGCAAAAAGAUGGUCUGACAAAUGGGGGUUCUUGAAAACACCUCUUGAGGAGUUGAUAGGAGAUGAAAAAAAAGAUGCAAAGCCCAAGAUAGAGCUUCCAGAACACAUGCGGAUUCGCCCUGUGACACCUGUGGAAAAAUACAUUAAGGUGCUCCCAUCUCCUCCAGUGCCUAAAACUACGCAGGGCUUCAUUGGCUGGAGAUCAGCUGUGCCCGGGCUGGAGCUGGAGAUCGAUCACCAGAUCCGGAGCUGCAAAGGAGCCCUCUGCAGGAGCCUGAACUGACCCGCGGCCUCACUGACAGCAACCAAGGAUUAGGCACACAGAUCCAUUGGCAGUCCUGGCUACACAUCCCACAGUGGACUGGUGGACUGUGGAAUAUUUAUGCUUUACACGUGAUUUAUGUAAACAUCCACAAUCAUUUUGGUAAAUGUAUUUUCAUGGAGCA